UUUCACAUUCUUCCUCUCAUCUUCUUCUUUCUCUUGUUUCUCAUCUUUUGAGUGUUUCAAGAGGGUUCUCACUUUUUCUGUAACUACUCUCUGUUUCAACAUUUUCUUCCAAAAUGGAAAAUACGCCAAAUCUGUGACCUGGAAGUUGCAACAACCUCCACUUUUGUCUAGAAAUCUCACUCACUGUUUCGGAUUUUUGUUUUUGUUUUUAAUCUUCUGCUUCGAGUUUCGUUCUCUUCUGGGCAAAUGGGAAGAGCGACAAGAUGGUUGAAGGGGUUGUUCGGCAUGAAGAAAGACAGAGAUAAGAAACAGAAUUCAAACUCCGACUACAGUGGGAAUUUGAAAUCUGUGGCGGCGCCGUUGGCUGCACCACCCAAUCUUUCACCUGCAGAGGCUGCUUGGCUUCAGUCAUUCUACGGAGAAACAGAGGACCGGCAGAACAAACACGCCAUUGCUGUGGCAGCUGCCACUGCAGCAGCAGCCGACGCCGCCGUCGCAGCCGCCCAGGCGGCAGUAGCCGUAGUGAGGCUGACCAGUCACGGCAGAACCACCAUGGUCGGCCGUGGACACGAGAAAUUUGCAGCCGUCAAGAUUCAAACAGUAUUCAGGGGAUUCUUGGCAAGGAAGGCAUUAAGAGCAUUGAAAGGAUUAGUGAAGAUCCAAGCACUUGUGAGAGGAUUUCUGGUCCGAAAGCAAGCAACGGCGACACUACACAGCAUGCAAGCUCUGAUAAGAGCUCAAGCCACAGUUCGAUCUCAUAAAGCUCGUCAAGUUAUGAACAAAACCGACGAAUCAUACAAAUGUGAACCUCAAGCUCGAAGAUCCACGGAGAGAUUCGAUGAAAGUAUGAGGUUAUCUUCUUCCUUCGACGCUUCGAUGAAUAACAACACUAACAGUACUGAUGGGAGUCCGACGCCGAAGAUAGUGGAGAUGGACACAGGCGGCUACCGGCCGAAGUCAAGGUCUCGCCGGAGCAACACAUCAAUGUCGGAUUUUGGCGACGACCCAUUGUUCCAAACAGUGUCUUCUCCGAUCCCACUCCCACAAAUUCGAACCCCAGCUCGGAUAUCAAUGGCAGAUCGGAGGGUUUCACCGGAGACGGAGUGGGGACUAACAGGGGAAGAAUGUAAGUUCUCUACAGCACAGAGCACUCCACGUUUCACCAAUACGUGUUCUUGUGGAUCAGUCGCCGUCACACCCAAGAGUGUCUGUGCAGAAAGAUUGGUCUGGCAAUAUGGAAACCACCCAAGUUACAUGGCGAAUACUCAGUCUUCGAAGGCGAAAUUGAGGUCUCGGAGUGCUCCGAAGCAGCGGCCGGAAUCCGGCGGAGGAGCAAAGAAGAGGCUUUCGUUGAAUGAAAUGAUGGAGUCUAGGAGUAGUUUGAGUGGGGUUAGGAUGCAGAGGAGUUGUUCAAAAGUUCAGGAAGCCAUUAAUUUCAAGAAUGCUGUGAUGGGAAAGAUUGACAAAUCUGGAGAGAUUGGGAGAGAUAGAUCUGGAGAGAUUGGGAGAGAUAGUUACUACUUGCAGAGGAGGUGGUAUGGCGAUUGAUUGUUUGAUUCGCAAUUUGCAGAAACAGACAAGACAGAGGUUGAAGAUGACGAAACAGAAUGAUAAGGUUCAAGUUGGUGUACUUUGCUUUGAUGAUGAAAAUUGAAAAGCUUGCUUAUCAAAUUAUCAUCUUUCUUUUUUCUUCAUAUUCUGUUAUUGAAAUGAAAUGCAAGUGAAUAAUUUA